AUGAAAGAAAAAUCGAAGAAUGCAGCACGAAGUCGACGCGAAAAAGAAAAUGCGGAAUUUUUCGAACUGGCGAAACUUCUACCUUUACCACAUGCAAUCACUGAUCAAUUGGAUAAAGCAUCGGUUAUACGUCUUACCACAAGUUAUCUUAAAAUGCGUUCUAUCAUACCCGAAGGUCUUGGCUGUGCAUGGGGCUCAAGAUCUUCAACGCAAACAGCAAUCGAACGUGAAAUUAAUUCACAAUUAGCACAGAUUUUGGAUGGCUUUUUAUUUGUUCUUGGACCUGAUGGUAAAAUAAUGUAUAUAUCUGAAACAGCAUCAACAUAUUUGGGUUUAUCACAAGUUGAAUUAACCGGAAAUUCAAUAUAUGAAUAUAUACAUCCGAUUGAUCAUGAAGAAAUGGCCAAUGUAUUAACAGUACCAUUACCAACAUAUUGUACAAAUAAUAGUGAAUAUGAAGUCGAUCGUUCGUUUUUUAUCCGAAUGAAAUGUGUUUUGGCUAAGCGUAAUGCUGGCUUAACAGCAAGCGGCUUCAAAGUCAUUCAUUGUUCAGGCUAUCUUAAAAUAAAACAAUUCAAUCUUGAUACAAUAUCGUGUUAUGGCUCGACAAAUAAUUUAAAUAGUACAGAAAACUGUUAUCAAAAUAUUGGCCUGCUAGCAUAUGGUUAUUCUUUACCGAAUAGUUCAAUAACUGAAAUACGUCUCUAUUCGAAUAUGUUCAUGUUUCGUGCGGGACAAGAUUUAAAAUUAUUAUUUCUUGAUUCAAGAGUAGCACAAAUAACCGGAUAUGAACCACAAGAUUUAGUUGAUAGAAGUUUAUAUCAUUAUGUACAUACACAAGAUUUAAUGGCAUUAAGAUGGGCGCAUCAAGUUUUACUCACAAAAGGACAAGUGACAACUCGCUAUUAUCGUUUUCUUGCUAAAAAUGGUGGUUGGAUAUGGAUGCAAAGCUAUGCGACACUUGUUCAUAACAAUCGAUCAUCUCGACCUGAAGUUAUUGUUAGUGUAAAUUAUGCGCUAAGUGACGUAGAAGCUAAACAUUUAAAGUUAUCAAUUGAUCAAAUUGAAAAUUCUCCAUCGGACUAUAUUCGUUCAGCACAGACACUAGCAGUUAAUUUAAUUGAUAACGAAAAAUGUUCAUCGGCCAAUACAAGUUUAAAUUCAACAUCUUCAGCAUCAUCAAAUCGUAGUUCUUCAAAAGUCCCGAAAGUAAAUCGUUUAAUAAAACAACGUAAAUUAUCUCCAACAAGAACUGAUUUACAUCAGACAAUCGUUGAUGAUUAUCCUUCAACAAUAGGAUACAAUACUGAUGAACACUAUUAUCCUCAUAAUGCACAGACAAAUUAUCCGAAUUUUUCUCUUUACACAGCAGGAACUAAUAACUAUCCAAAUGCAUUUAAUAAUCUCGAUGAAUCGACGUACUAUGAUCAAAAACGAAUUUCAUCCUAUGAGAUUAAUAAUAAACGAAUUCGUCUUGAUAAUGACCAUCAUCAUCAUCAUCAUCAUUUGUCUUUAAUUGAUUAUGAAACAAAUCUUCCGUCGGAAAAACUGGAUUUAUAUUCAUCAGGAAAUAAUUGUUAUGUAUCAACAAAUUAUCCAACAGAACAUCCAUAUCAUCAUGCAUCAGUUAUUGUCGAUAGUCAACAGUAUUUUCUUAACGGAUGGAACGGAACUACGGCUUUUUGA